UUGCACUCCAGCUGCCAAGUGGAGCGGCCUGUUAGCGGAAGUCCUCGGGCAGGUAAGGAAGGGUGAGUACGACGCCUGGAGGACAGCGGCCCCGGGGCUGAAGGGACAGCACUCUCGGGGCAGGGUGCCUCGCUUAGGUGUGUUUGACUGGAGCAAGGAACUACAAUCCCCCAAAUGCACUGCGCUGCAGGCUUGCGCGAGGCAGUGACGUGAAGGUUUUGGUCGCUAUCAUGUCUAUGUGGGGGGGGGAGGGGACACAGUGGCGAGGGUUGAUGACGCGCUCUUCGUGAGGCUGGAGGGCCACCAGAGGGCUGCGCCAGGUCGGCUGGCAGCCGUUCUCAAAGCGCCUUCGCGAACCUUCCUGCUUGACCAAUUUAAGCUGAUGAUCUACUUACCCUGCAGUAUUUAGAGGUUACUUCAUGUCCACCCUGGAGCCAUGGUCUACGCCUUCCUCAUCCACACCUUGCGGGCUCCACAGGCCCAGGACAUGGGCCUUUGCCGAGUGCUCUACUCCUGUGUCUUUGGUGCUGAGAAUUCACCCGAUGACCCACGACCACAUGGUGCUGAGAGGGACAGGCUCCUCCGAAAGGAGCAGAUUUUGGCUGUGGCCAGGCAGGUGGAAUCGAUGUGCCGGCUGCAGCAGCAGGCAUCUGGCCGGACCCCCAUGGACCUGCAGCCUCAGUCUUCAGAUGAGCCAGUGCCCUUGCAUGAGGCCCCAGUUGGGGCCUUCCGUCUGGCAGCAGGGGACCCUUUCCAGGAGGUGCGGACAGUGGUGUGGCUGGGUGUGCUCUCAUUAGGCUUCGCCUUGGUGCUAGAUCCCCAUGAGAACCUACUGCUGGCUGAGGGCACACUCCGGCUCCUGGUACGCCUCCUCCUUGACCACCUUCGGCUGCUGACCCCAAGCGCCAACCUCCUGCUUCGGGCAGAUCGCAUUGAGGGCAUCCUUGCCCGCUUCCUGCCCCAUGGUCAACUGCUCUUCCUCAAUGACCAGUUUGUCCAGGGUCUGGAGAAGGAAUUCAGUGCUGCAUGGCCCCGCUGACUCCUCACUGGGAUGGGACUUCUGAAGGGGCAAGGAGGGAGGACAGGGAUGGAUGGACACACAGCCAGGUGAAGCUUGGCAUUGGCCUCCUUCCCAGCCUGCUCCCAGCUCUCGUGUGGUACCACACCCAGGACAGGUGGAUGGCUCAAGUUGGCAGAGAGGAGGGGGGGUGGGCAAGGGGUGGUGGGGAGGAAUCCCAGAACAUCCUGUCCCUGGAGUUGCCAUCUGACUCAUUCAGACUGCUGCAGUGGGCCAGCCCCACCUGUCCUUGACCCCAGUUUCUCCCAUCUCCAGCAGCCAGCCCCCAAAACAGUCCACCAGUUGCUAGUGUUGGAGCAUGAGGAGUGGAACUCAGCCCACUUUCUCUUCCAAAUCCACAGUUGUUGCAGUGCAAAAGGAAUCAGAGACUCCCAGGGUGGGGGAGCUGGCUGCUGCCUUUACACCCACUUAGGCAGCAUUAUCAAAGAUUUUGUCAGUGAGGGCCUGCUUGGUGUCCAGCCCCAUCACAGUUCACAAAUGUGUCAUUCAUUCAGCAGGGGGAUUCUUUUUUUUUUUUUUUUUUUUUUUUUUAAGAUUUUAUUUAUUCAUGAGAGAGACAGAGAGAGGCAGAGACACAGGCAGAGGGAGAAGCAGGCCCCACUCAGGGAGCCCGAUGUGGGACUCGAUCCCGGGUCCCCAGGAUCACGCCCUGGGCUGAAGGUGGUGCUAAACUGCUGGGCCACUGGGGCUGCCCCAGCAGGGAGAUUCUGUAACUCAUUUUGGGCCCAGCCCUUGCCAACCAGGCAGCCUUGAGAUAAUCAUAGGUUUCCCUCGUCUUCAGGGAGAGAAGGUACCAUCAGGUGGGUGCAAGAGAUCUGGCCAGGGUGAGGUUCUUUCUUAUUUUGAAGUAAAAGCACCAAUUGUGUGAUUUCACUCUCUAUUUAUUUAAGUUUGGCUAAUGCAUAUUUGCUUCAAUGAGUACUUGCCUCUUUGUAUGGCUCUGAGUUGGAUAUCUGAGCCUUUAUGGUCAGAGAUGCCCUCCAAGAAGCGGAGACCUCUUGUGCCUCACAUCACUCUUGUCUCCUGUGCCUCCUUUGGGUAGCAGUACUUGUUUUCUCUACCAAAAUGUGGUGGGUUGGCAUGGAUCUCUGAGAAGCAGAGCCUGAGGUAAGGAUUAAAUACAAGUGGUUUACAUGGGAGGUGAUCCCAGGAAGCACUGGAAGGGGAGGCAGCCCAUACAAGUAUCAAGGAUACUUGGAUUAUCAAGGAUAGGUAGGGAGCUUUGUACCUCUAGGGACCUGUAAUACAAUAGUCGGCUCUAAAUGAACAUUGGAGGGGUGAGGGGCUGUGGAUGUUUGUCUGCCAUUCCCUUCAGUCAGUGGUUGUGAGUUGGUCCUAGGGCAAAUUCCCUGGCUCUUUCUGCCUCCAGAAAAAGGCAGUGUGGAGCUGGGCCUCGCUGCACAGUGGUCGAACCCAAAGGGAUGUGCAUGGGGCACCAAACUCCUAUUAAAAGUCAUUAAUCAGCAGCUCCUAGUGGUGGUUUAAAAUUAUUCCAUUGGAAAAAACCUCCAUCAACAUCAGUUUUCAUGAUCUGAAUGUUACCUGUGAAGCAUGGCUUUCUUGGAUAGGAAAAACUAGCCUCCUUAGGUGGUCAUGGUUUAGGUUUGUGCCCCAUCAUGCUUCCCAAGUAUCAGGUGCCAUUUGGCACCCAAAAAGGACCCAUUCACACCCACUCAGGAGGCAGCACCUAUGAUCGAGGUUUUGCUUUCUCGAGUCUGCAGCCAACACCAUCAGCCAUGCUGUGUUUUACACCAUCACCAUUGGGACAAGGCUACCUUCUCCAUCAAAGGGUGCCACAAAUCACCCUCUGACUUUGAAGACCUAAAGGGACCUUACUCUGUGUGUGGCAAGUCGUGCCACUGGAAAUGUUCCACAGAUCCUAGUGGGACACCAGUGCUCUAUACAGUUGGCUCUCUUGGGCUACCCUUUCCUUCAUUCCAGGUUAGUGGUCCUGGUGGGGUGCCCAUGUUCUCACAAGAACAGGCUCCUCUGGUUUUGUUUGAAGGGCUCAAGCUUGUCUGGUCUGAAACCUUUCUGCCAAUUUUUCUUUUCUUUUUAAAGAUUAUUUAUUCAUGAGAGACACAGAGAGAGAACAGACACAGGCAGAGGGAGAAGCAGGCUCCAUGCAGGGACCCCGAUGUGGAACUCGAUCCCAGGACUUUGGGAUCAUGCCCUGGGCUGAAGGCAGACACUCAACUGCUGAGCCACCCAGGUGCCCCCCUAUAGUGGUAAGUCUUAAAGGCAGGUAGUAUCAGUCCUCUUUGUUCUUCAAUAAUGAGUUGGCUAUUCUGGAUCUUUUGCCUCUACGUAUAUACUUUAGAAUCAGUUUGUCACAUCCACAAAACAUCUUGUUGGGAAUUUGAUUGGGAUCACAUUAAAUCUGUAGACCAAAUAUAUCAAGUUGGGAAGAACUGACAUUUUGACAAUUUUGAGUCUUCUGAUCCGUGAACGGGGAAUAAUAUCUCUCCACUUAUUUUUUUUCUCCUUUGAUUUCUUUCAUCAGGGUUUUGUGGUUUUCUUCAUAUAAAUCUUAUGCAUAUUUUGUUAUAUUUAUACUUAAAUUUCAUUUUGGGGGUGUUAAUGGUAGCUGUGUAAAUGACAAUAUAUUUUCAAUUCUAUUUGUUCAUUUUUGAUAUAGAGGAAAGUGACCUUUAAAUAUUAAUUUUAUAUCCUGCAACCUUGCUAUGAUAAUUUAUUCAUCCAACAGUUUUUCUUCUGAAUCUUUCGUAUUUUCUACAUGGGCAAUCGUGUCAUCUGUGAACAAAUAAAGUUUUAUUUCUUCCUUUCCAGUGUA